UAUUAUUAUUAUGAGAUGCAGCCGCCGGGGAGAGGAAGGCUUUGGCUUUGGCUUUGGCAUGCUGCUUGGGCUCGCGGCUCCAAGGCUGGCCAAUCAGGGCGCUCCUUUCCCGCCGCGGCGCUGCACGUGCUCCCGGGAGUGUUCUGCGCCGCGCGCGCCCGGGGACCAAACCAGUCAGAGAGAGCGAGAGAGAGGCAGAGUCGGGCGGACGGUCCUCUGCGCGCGCUCUCUCUCUCCCCGCUGCUUCGGGGCGGGAGGAGCCAUGGCUUUGGGGAUGCUCGCCCUGCUGAGGCGCUUCUUGUGGCUGAGCCUGGCUGGUAUGGGGAACUUACCAACUGUACUUUCCUGGUAGCUGCAAAACUGGACUGUUACUGGCCAAACCACCUGGUGGAUGAGUUCUUUGUGGCAAUUCACAAGCACUACUUCAAAAACUGCGCUGUCUCAGGAAGGUCUUUGAGGGAUCCACCGAACUCCAUUUUGUGCCCCUUUAUUGUGGUGCCCAUUUUUGUCACUCUGCUUAUGACGGCACUGGUUGUAUGGCGGAGCAAACGCAGCGAAGGCAUUGUCUAAAUGUCUUCCACGUUUGGUUUUCCAUGGCAAGAUCUGCAUCUGUUUGUAAAGAAGUACCCCAAAGUCUCCAGCCUUCAGAUUCAUGAAACCCUGGGGAGUUGGAAUUGAACUCUAGAUGAUCUGUAGUGAGGAACAGUUUUGUUACUCUUCCUGCGGAAAUGUAAACAGCAGUAAAGGCAGUCUUUCUAUAUGCUGUCCAGCAGUCGAUUACAUCUUGAUAAAGGGGAUAGACAUCAAUAUUCUCUGGAUAAUAACUGUAUUGUGGAAGCUAAGAAAUGCACCAUGGACUAAACCGCACUCCUAUAUACCUGAAGCCCUCUUGUGCACCCAUCUUUUAGUCAUGCUGGACAAAUACUUCUCUUUCAAAUUGCUUUCCCCUUUUGGUUACCUCUGAUUGGCCCUUAAUGUUGUUCUGCUGUCCUUUUGUCUGUACUGGGCUAUACACACUUCCUUUGUGAUAGUAGGCUGUUCCUUAAGUUGGGUAAUUUAUAAAUAAACAAAAAACUUAGCUGGAUUUACAUAUAAGCCUAAACUUAUUUGCAAGACCCAACUAGAGUAAGUCCGUUGAAUCAGUUACACUGCAGAAGUAGUGUGAUUUGCCAAAUUUCUGUUGAUUUAAUAUAUAUACUUUAGUUGGAACUAAAGAGCUCUGCACUGUUUAGAAGUGUGUCUUGCCCUAAAACAAUUUUGCGACACUGAGGAGUGACCGGGGCAGCAUAAUUGCUCAAUAAAUAAUUUAUUUUAACAAAAGUGAAUGCAAGUUGCAGUUUCCAUUUUAGUAUUAUUUUGUGAAGGAAAGAAGGGGGAAUAUCCAUACUAACAGGUUAGCAGAGCAAUAAUUUCCAGAUUUUUGCCUAAGCAAACACAAGGUACAUAAGGUGAACGAAAAACUAAUUUUUCAAACUCUAUAUGUGUGCAGAAGGGAGGAAAGAAGUAAGGUACUAAUUAGGGUAUGUUCACGGUGUGUUAUAAUUGACUUAUUUGUAAUAGAUUCAUGUGCAAAUCACACAGAGCUAGCUGUGCAGGCAUUGACUGACUGACAAGGGAGCAGCGCAUGGGAGACAGAACUAAUAUACUGCUGUGUAUGUAUUUUGUUGGAUAUUAACCACACAAUGUAUUUUUGUGAGAUACUAUUCUAUAAACUUAUUUUAAAUUAAAACAUUACUUGAGAAAUUGG